AUGGGUGGUGGUGGUGGUGAUCAGAAAAAUGUUUCUAUUGUUAAAAAGAAGAAAAAGAAAAAUGGUUCUUUCAAAUCCAUUUUCAUGCAUGCUGAUGCUCUUGACUGUUUUUUUAUGGCUUUUGGUUUGUUCGGAUCCAUUGGUGAUGGAAUCAUGACCCCUUUGGUUUUGUUUAUCACAAGCAAAAUUAUGAACUCUAUUGGUAGUGUUUCUAAUACAUCAAGCAACAAUUUUGUCCAUAACAUCAAUGAGAAUGCUGUUUUUUUGUUAUAUUUGGCAUGUGCUGCUUUUGUUGCUUGCUUCCUAGAGGGUUAUUGUUGGACAAGAACAGGUGAAAGACAAUCUGCAAGAAUGAGAUCUAGGUACUUAAGAGCAGUUCUAAGACAAGAAGUAGCAUACUUUGAUGUACAUGUUACAAGUACAUCAGAAGUCAUCACCAGUGUCUCUAAUGACAGCCUAGUAAUUCAAGAUGUUCUCAGUGAAAAGGUUCCAAAUUUUUUGAUGAAUGCAUCUAUGUUCAUUGGGAGCUACAUAGUGGCAUUUGCAAUGUUAUGGAGAUUGGCAAUUGUUGGAUUUCCUUUUAUUGUUCUACUUGUGAUACCUGGUUUAAUGUAUGGGAGAACUUUGAUGGGAUUGGCUAGAAAAAUCAGAGACGAGUACAAUAAAGCCGGUACAAUAGCCGAACAAGCAAUAUCUUCCAUCAGAACUGUUUAUUCCUUUGCAGGAGAAAACAAAACCAUAGCUGCUUUCUCUGAUGCUUUGGAAGGAUCAGUGAAGUUGGGAUUGAAACAAGGCUUAGCAAAAGGUUUAGCCAUAGGAAGCAAUGGUGUUGUUUUUGCUAUAUGGUCUUUUAUGGCAUAUUAUGGUAGCAGAAUGGUCAUGUAUCAUGGUGCGAAAGGUGGAACUAUAUUUGCAGUUGGAGCUUCACUCGCACUUGGUGGAUUGGCUUUAGGAGCGGGUCUAUCCAAUGUGAAGUAUUUUUCAGAAGCAAGUGUUGCGGGAGAAAGAAUAAUGGAGGUGAUAAAGAGAGUACCAAAGAUAGAUUCUGAAAGUAUGGAAGGUGAAGUUCUAGAGAAAGUGUCCGGAGAAGUUGAAUUCAAGCAUGUUGAAUUUGUGUAUCCGUCAAGGCCAGAAAGUGUGAUCUUAAAUGAUUUUUGCCUAAAGGUUCCAUCAGGUAAAACAGUUGCAUUAGUAGGAGGAAGUGGUUCGGGAAAAUCGACUGUAAUAUCACUUUUGCAAAGGUUUUAUGAUCCAAUUGGUGGAGAGAUUCUUUUUGAUGGAGUUGCUAUUCAUAAGUUGCAACUCAAAUGGCUUAGAUCUCAAAUGGGAUUGGUGAGUCAAGAGCCUGCUUUGUUUGCAACAAGUAUUAAAGAGAAUAUACUUUUUGGAAGAGAGGAUGCUACAUAUGAAGAUGUUGUUGAUGCUGCUAAAGCUUCUAAUGCUCAUAAUUUCAUUUCAUUGUUGCCACAAGGAUAUGAUACUCAGGUUGGAGAGAGAGGAGUUCAAAUGUCAGGAGGACAAAAGCAAAGGAUUGCCAUUGCAAGAGCUAUAAUAAAAAUGCCAAAAAUUCUAUUGCUUGACGAAGCAACAAGUGCACUCGAUUCUGAAUCCGAACGAGUCGUCCAACAGGCUUUAGACAAAGCAUCGGUUGGACGGACCACCAUCAUCAUCGCUCACCGUUUAUCAACCAUCCAAAAUGCAGACAUCAUUGCAGUUGUUCAAAAUGGUAUGAUCAUGGAAACGGGAUCUCACGAAAGCCUCAUGGAAAAUGAAAAUUCUCAAUACACUUCCCUCGUUCGUCUCCAACAAACGAGAAAUGACCAAAGCAACGACACUUCGUCUAUCUUGAAUAGAGAUCGCAUGCAAAAUGCAAGUAGUCGUAGACUAAUGAGUCAGUCUAGCUCUUUCAACUCAAUGUCACGAGGUGGUGAUGAUAUCGUUAAUUAUAAUAAUGAUGUUGAAGAUAUUGUCAAUACUGUUGUUAUAGUUGAUGGUCUUCAUAACAAUAAUAAGAGAAAGAAGAAGGUCGAGGUUCCUUCGUUUCGAAGGUUGUUGGCGAUGAAUUUGCCAGAGUGGAAGCAAGCAUGUUUGGGUUGUUUCAACGCGCUUUUAUUCGGCGCGAUUCAACCUGUAUACGCGUUUGCAAUGGGGUCGGUUAUAUCUGUUUAUUUUCUGGAGGACCAUGAUGAGAUCAAGAAGCAAAUUAGGAUCUAUGCAUUUUGUUUUCUAGGGUUGGCUGUGUCUUCAAUGGUUUUCAAUGUGCUUCAACAUUAUAGCUUUGCUUACAUGGGAGAAUACUUGACUAAAAGGGUUAGAGAAAGAAUGCUUUCCAAGAUACUCACUUUUGAAGUUGGUUGGUUUGAUGAGGAUCAAAAUUCUACAGGUGCUGUUUGCUCUAGACUUGCCAAAGAAGCCAAUGUGGUAAGAUCUUUGGUGGGUGAUAGAUUGGCUCUUGUGGUACAAACUAUAUCAGCAGUGGUGAUAGCAUUCACAAUGGGCCUAGUCAUUGCAUGGAGACUAGCCAUUGUUAUGAUAGCAGUUCAACCAAUAAUCAUUUGUUGUUUCUACACAAGGCGUGUCCUUCUAAAGAACAUGUCAAGUAAAGCUAUUAAGGCUCAAGAUGAAUGUAGCAAAAUAGCUGCUGAAGCUGUUUCGAAUCUAAGGACCAUAACUUCUUUUUCAUCUCAAGAUAGAAUCCUCAAAAUACUUGAAAAAGCCCAACAAGGGCCAAGUCAAGAAAGCAUUAGACAGUCUUGGUUUGCAGGUAUUGGGCUUGCGUGUUCACAAAGCCUCAAUUUUUGUACUUGGGCUUUGGACUUUUGGUAUGGUGGAAAACUUGUGUCACAAGGUUAUAUUUCGGGUAAGGCGUUGUUCGAGACUUUUAUGAUCUUGGUAAGCACCGGAAGAGUUAUUGCUGAUGCCGGUAGCAUGACGAAUGAUCUUGCUAAAGGCUCUGAUGCUGUUGGAUCGGUUUUCGCAAUUCUUGAUAGGUAUACAAAAAUCGAGCCUGAUGAUUUAGAAGGUUACGAAACCGAAAAAUUAAUAGGAAAAAUUGAACUUCAUGAUGUGCAUUUUGCAUAUCCAGCUAGACCUAAUGUGAUGAUCUUUCAAGGGUUCUCGAUUAAAAUUGACGCAGGAAAAUCAACAGCUUUGGUCGGGGAAAGUGGUUCGGGAAAAUCUACAAUCAUAGGACUAAUUGAGAGAUUUUAUGAUCCUUUUAAAGGGACGGUGACAAUAGAUAGUAGAGACAUAAAAUCUUAUAAUCUAAGGUCAUUGAGGAAACACAUUGCACUUGUGAGUCAAGAACCAACAUUGUUUGCUGGUACCAUAAGGGAAAACAUUGCAUAUGGAGCAUAUGAUGAUAAAGUUAAUGAGAGUGAGAUUAUUGAGGCUGCAAAAGCCGCAAAUGCUCAUGAUUUUAUAUCAAGCUUAAAAGAUGGUUAUGAGACAUGGUGUGGUGAUAGAGGAGUUCAACUAAGUGGUGGUCAAAAACAAAGAAUUGCAAUAGCUAGAGCUAUAUUGAAGAAUCCAGAGGUGUUACUUUUGGAUGAAGCAACAAGUGCACUUGAUAGUCAAUCAGAGAAACUGGUGCAAGAUGCUUUAGAAAGGGUUAUGGUUGGAAGGACAAGUGUGGUUGUGGCUCAUAGGUUGAGUACUAUACAAAACUGUGAUUUGAUUGCUGUUUUGGAUAAGGGAAGUGUUGUUGAGAAAGGAACACAUUCAUCUUUGUUGGCCAAGGGACCAAGUGGAGCUUAUUACUCUUUGGUGAGUUUACAAAGAAGACCAACCAACACAAUUGUCCAUUCUUCACAUGAAAUCAAUUAA